GCGGGGUGUCAACACAGCCAGCAAUCCACAGAUCGCAUCGAGGCUACUUGAAGAGAAAAGUACCACAGAGUGGUCCUAUCUUGGUUUCAAACCUCCUUACUCUAUCAUUCUCCUCCCACAAUGGCCGACGAACAGACCAAAAAGCCGGCCGUCCUGAUCGUUGGUGGUUUAGGAUUUAUCGGUCGCCAUCUCGCUCUUUACCUGCAUGAAAAUAACUUGGCCUCGGAAGUCCGACUAGUUGACAAAGUCCUGCCUCAGCUGGCCUGGUUGGCCCCUGAGUUCCAGGAAGCUUGCUCAAAAGAUAAAUUCGUCCAGGCGGAUGCCAGCCGCGAACAGCACUUCCCUCGUAUCUUUGACCGUGCCAAUGGCGAACAAUUUGAUUAUGUGAUCAACUGUGGAGGUGAAACCAGGCAUUCGCAACCCGAUGACGUCUACGAAGUCCGCAGCUACGCCCUCACAGUCGCCUUGGGUCGCGAAGUCGCCCGCCGAGGUAUCCGCUCUUUCGUCGAGUGCUCAACCGCUCACGUCUACAAAGGCGGUUCGAGUCCGCGUAAGGAAGAUGAUAAACUGCAGCCGUGGCACAAGCUGGCCAAGUGGAAGAUGAAGGCCAGCGAGGAGCUGCAAAAAAUCCCCGGUCUCAACUAUUGCUUGCUUCGUCUGCCCCACGUCUACGGAGAAUACGACUCGGGCUACUUCGCGAUGGGAAUAUGCCUUGCUCGCGUUCACCUGGAGCUCGAGAAGGAUUUGGAGCUUCUUUACACUAAGGAUCUGAAGAUCAACACCGUAUAUGUCAGGGACGCAGCCAGCGCCUUGUGGAAAGCGGCUGAGUGGAGAGCAAACGCUCCCACGGACGGUUCAGCGCCCCUUGCAUUCAACGUGGUCGACCACGGCGAUACUCGCCAGGAAGAUAUCGCAAGGGCCCUGACUGAAGUUUUCAAGCUCAAGUGUGACUUCUUGGGCUCUUUAGCCUCCCAAUUCGCGAAGCUGAACCUUGAUGAUGUUGUGGAUGACAUGAACGAGGAAUGCUUACAGGGAUGGGCUGACUUGCUCGAAGAGAAGAAGAUCGAACGGCCCGGACCCAUUGGCCCAUUCCUGGAAAAGGAUGUACUGAAGGACCAAGACAUGUGUCUGGAUGGGACGCUAUUCGAGACGACCACUGGAUGGAAGCCAUCCCGAGAGCGCUUCGACGCCGAUGCCGUACGAGACAUGGUUGAAAGUUACAAGCGAAUGGGCUGGUGGCCAUAGACGACCCCACACGUGAUAUUCCUGUUUUCAUGUUCUCGACCCGGCCUUCUACACGAGCAUAACAGCGAGGUUGAUGACGCAUAUGAGAGCUAUUCCUACUCCCACCGUGCAUGACCACGCAUUGCCCUCUCAGAACACACCAAUUCGACCUUAUCCUCGGGCAAAAAGCACAUAGACCUGUCGCAUCCGCAUCCAUCCACUCAUCUCAAGUUCGCAUGUUGUAUACCACGGA